GUAGGUGGAUAUAAACAAGAGCUCCCUCGCCCUGCUGACAGACACUCCCACGGUUGAGAUAAAAUAGUCCAACAUUUAGGCUGUGGCUUGGUAACUGGUACAGUGAUAAGAAUAUAAGAGUCGCCAUAUGCACUGAAUACAUUAGCAGAGUAUGAUUUGAUGAGUCAAUAACCAUGUAAAGUGGAGGGUGUGAGAGUGGUGGAGGGCGGAUGUUAACAAGACUAGGAGUGAGGGGUGAUGUGAACAACACAUGAGGGAGCUCCACUCACCUGAAUGACGUUAUACGGGGAGGAUGACCCUAAUAUAAGGAAGUGUAUACGACAUGGACCUGUGGCCCACUCGAGGAGGAAUGUCUACCCACCCUCUGCUAAUACCCCCAAAAUUUCAAAUAAUAUAAAGCAUUUGUCCUUUGUUUGGGAGAUGGGGUCAACCAUAGUCACCAUGUUGCGGUUGAGGCGACCGACAACUCUACUCUGGGGCUUCGGCCUCUGUCUCUUACUUUUGUUCUAUGUAACUGUACCAUCAACAAAUACAGACCAGUGUGACUGUCGUGGUCACCAACGUGCCGUCACCUCCAGUGCAUUCAUUGGUCAGUCACAACAGGAAGACAUCAGGUCAUAUCCCAACGACAAGCACAAAAUGGCCAUUCUCAUCCCAUUUAGGGAUCGUUUUGAGGAGCUUCUGGAGUUUGCUCCUCAUAUUCAUAACUUCUUAAAUACCCAGCACAAAAAUCAUCAUUUAUAUAUCAUUAAUCAGGUGGAUGGUCUUCGUUUUAACCGAGCGUCUCUACUUAAUGUAGGUUUUUUAGAGUCGGGCAUUGACUGUGAUUAUGUUGCAAUGCACGAUGUUGACCUGUUACCCAUGAACGCAGCACUAACUUAUCAAUAUCCUCAUGAUGGUCCUUACCACGUGGCUGCCCCUCACCUGCACCCAAGAUAUCAUUACCCAACAUUCAUUGGUGGCAUACUGCUUGUGAAAAGAGAACACUUUCGUAAAGUAGAUGGACUGAGCAACAAGUACUGGGGUUGGGGACUCGAGGAUGAUGAGUUCUUUGCUCGGCUAAAAGAAGCGAAACUUGAAGUGUUUCGCCCAGGAAAUCUCACCUCUGGAACCAAAGAUACAUUUAAACAUAUUCAUGACAGACGAGUGAGAAGACGUGACAUGAUCAAAUGUUACAACCAGCAGGAGAUUACAAGACAUCGUGAUCGACAGACUGGGCUCUCUACCAUUCGUUAUCGGCUUCAAAGCAAGAAAGAGAUGACAAUUCAAGGUGCUCCUAUGACAAUCUUGAAUGUAGAGUUAGAGUGUGAUAGAUAUGUAACACCUUGGUGUGAUUGUACAGAAAAUAUUGGCAACACACCAAAGUCCCAACAGUCUUCACCAAAAUCUGACGAUGUUAUUGUACCAAGGCUCAAUCGUAAAAAACAUUUAAGCCAUGAUGGUUAGAAUUGUUUAUGACUUGUUUUUUGAAUAAGUGAUGUGUGUGUGUGCACACUACAGUACAGGUUGGGUAUCCCUUAUCCUAAAUUCCCAAGUCCGAAAUGCUCUGAAACCCGAAAGUUUGUUUCAUUAUAUUUAUGGUAGAUAAUACAGUGAAUAUGGCAUAUAUAAUAACAUUUACUAGGGUAAGUGUGUAUGUGUACUGAAUAAAGGCAAGACACAGGCUGCUUGGCGCCUCAGAAUCAGGUGUCAUGGCGAUGCCAAACAGACGGUAGUGAUUGCUUACUUUUCUGGGUCUUUAGUGUACAUCUUAUCAUAUAUUUUAUACCCAACAUUAUUAAAUUAUAUUUCAUAAAACUACCUGUAGAAUAUAUGCAUCCAUAUAUCCUGUAAAUGAAAUAUAAAUGAAUUUUGUGCAUAGACUUUGGCCCCAUCCCUGCUGGGUGAGCUAUUGCAUUAUAUAGGGUCUGUAUACAAGAUAUUAGGUAUUCCAAAAUCCGAAAUAUCCCAAAUCCGAGACCCUUAAGGCCCCAAGCAUUUCGGAUAAGGGAUACCCAACCUCUAUUCUAUUAUUGAAUUUAUUCUUGCCAAAUGUACAGAAUGGUCUUGCUGAACGAGUGAUAUUCAUUCCUGAAAGAGUGCUUGUUAGGUGAAUUCUCAUUCAAUGGGACCCAUUUUUCCAUAGGAUCCCAUGUUAAAAGCAGAGAUGUGUUCCAACCCAAAGAUUUUCAACCCAACACUCCAUAGUAUAUACUUGUAUGUGCACCAGCUUAUAGUAUUUUGACCCUGCAAUUGGUAACUGGUGUGGUGCAUAAACAUUGCAACAACAAAUGACAAAUACCAUCUGUGGUGCUGUGAGCUUCUAGAAGUAGCAGCUGCAGUGACAAGAACCUAUCACAAAAUAUAUACUUGCUAAAUAGAUUCAUGCAAAAUUUAUUAGUGAGAAAGCCGCAUCAACGAAUAAUGUCUCACAAGGGAGCAUAUGUCUAGCUCACAGUUCAUUAUGGUUGUGACAUUGGUCAGCAGGAUGUUUAAACAGAGACAGCAGUUUAUCACGCAUUUUAAUGUGAAGACUAAUAGCUGUUUGAAGUUAGUUAAAUUACUGUAUAUUAAUUUUUUUUUCCCAAAUACUCUCCAAGUGCUGUACAGUAAUUACAAUCUUCCUAUAAGCAGAUACCAAUACCUGUAUAAACACUUUGGUAACCCACCAGAUAGCUAAAGUUUCUAUAGAAAACAAAAUGUGAUAAUAUAUUCUAUCUUCUAUUCUAUACUGUAUUCAUAUACAGUCAGUCCUCGACUUACGAUGGUGUUAGGGACCGACGACCAGGUCGUAAGUCGAAUUGGUCGCAAGUCGAAAAUGCGAAAAUAAUACAUAGAAAAUCUAAAAUGGG